CUCUGUUUCCAUUCAUGCGGCCUAUUUUUGAGAAGAUGAAUGUGUCCUUGUUCCCUGCUGAAGUGUCUGAUUACUUCUACAACUUUCUAAAGAAGGUCAAAUCAGACCGGAAGAAGAAUGAACACAAAAACCGAGUGGACUUCAUGCAGUUGAUGGUGGACUCUCAGAUUUCGGAGAACAAAGAGGAUACAAGCUCCCAAAAAGGGCUGACAGAUCACGAGAUCCUUUCUCAGGCCAUGUUUUUCAUCUUUGCUGGCUAUGAAACCAGUAGCAGCUCACUGGGAUUUUUAGCGUAUAACCUGGCAACCCACCCUCAGAUCCAAAAGACCCUACAAGAUGAGAUUGAUGAAACCUUCCCAGAAAAGGGUCAGCCAACCUAUGAAGCCCUGAUGCAGAUGGAAUACCUCGACAUGGUGGUGAAUGAGUCAUUGAGGCUUUACCCUAUUGCUAGUCGAUUAGAGAGAGUUGCAAAGGCUUCUGUGGAAGUGAAUGGUGUGACUAUCCCUAAAGGAACCGUCAUCAUGAUACCAGUUUACACUCUCCACCGUGACCCUACUUUGUGGCCUGAGCCUGAGAAGUUCAAACCUGAAAGAUUCCGCAAAGAGAACAAAGACAACAUAGAUCCUUAUGCCUUCCUACCAUUUGGAGCAGGGCCAAGAAACUGUAUUGGCAUGCGAUUUGCUCUCUUGAUGAUGAAGUUGGCCAUAGUGGAGAUCCUACAGAAGUUCAGCUUUGUCACGUGCAAGGAGACACAUGUUCCAAUGGAGCUGGCAAGUGAAGGAUUUCUCUUACCCAAGAAUCCCAUCAAACUGAAGCUGGAGCCCAGAACAACUGUUGCCGAUUCGACCUAAAGUUAACUCUGAUUAUCUGAAACAUGCCAGUUCUCACUAUUAAUCUGCUUCACUUUCAAAUCAAGUCACCAGUUUAUUCUGCCUCAAGUAUCUCUUAUAGAAAUAUGUAAAGAAACACACAAACUAACCAUUUACCUAUAGCAGUGGUUCUCUAACUGGA